CGGCGGGGGCCUGGGAGCGGAGACCCUGGGCCGGGAUGGCGGCGGCGGCGGCGGCGCGCGGAGCGUGGGGCGGGCGGCGCCGCGUGGCGCUCAGGCUGCCGCGAAGCGCCGGUGCGCCCUGGAUCACCUCAGUCGCCGCGUCCUUCUCUUCCUCGGUGCCAACAACCAAACUCUUCAUUGAUGGGAAGUUUAUUGAGUCCAAAACUACUGAAUGGAUUGAUAUCCACAACCCGGCCACAAAUGAGGUGGUUGGCCGUGUACCGAAAGCCACAGCCAGUGAGAUGGAGGCAGCUGUGGCUUCUUGCAAAAAGGCUUUUUGGAACUGGUCAGAAACGUCUGUUUUGAGUCGCCAGCAAAUCUUUCUGCGCUAUCAGCAACUCAUCAAAGACAAUCUGAAAGAAAUUUCCAAACUCAUCACCUUUGAGCAAGGGAAGACCCUGGCUGAUGCUGAGGGAGAUGUUUUCCGAGGCCUCCAGGUGGUUGAACAUGCUUGCAGUGUGACAUCCCUCAUCCUUGGGGAGACCAUGCCCUCCAUCACUAAAGACAUGGACACUUACACCUACCGUCUGCCUCUGGGUGUGUGUGCUGGCAUUGCACCAUUCAACUUCCCAGCCAUGAUUCCUCUUUGGAUGUUCCCCAUGGCUAUGGUUUGUGGAAACACCUUCUUGAUGAAACCAUCUGAGCGUGUACCAGGAGCACUAAUGUUCCUUGCCAAGCUGUUUCAGGAUGCUGGUGCCCCCGAUGGGACCCUGAAUAUUAUCCAUGGACAACAUGAAGCUGUGAAUUUCAUUUGUGACCAUCCGGAUAUCAGAGCAAUCAGCUUUGUGGGAUCUAAUCAGGCUGGCGAGUACAUCUAUGAGAGAGGAUCCCGGAAUGGCAAGAGAGUCCAGGCCAACAUGGGAGCCAAGAAUCAUGGUGUGGUGAUGCCUGAUGCCAAUAAAGAGAACACCUUGAACCAGCUGGUUGGAGCUGCUUUUGGAGCAGCUGGCCAACGCUGCAUGGCCCUGUCUACAGCAAUUCUAGUAGGAGAAGCUCAGAAAUGGCUGCCAGAGCUUGUGGACAGAGCCAAAAAUCUACGAGUAAAUGCAGGAGACCAGCCUGGAGCUGAUCUUGGGCCUCUAAUCAGUCCCCAAGCUAAGGAACGGGUUUGCAGUCUGAUUGAGAAAGGAGUAAAAGAAGGUGCCAGCCUUCUCCUGGAUGGACGUAAUGUCAAAGUGAAGGGUUAUGAAAAUGGCAAUUUUGUUGGACCAACGAUCCUUGCCAAAGUCAAGCCAAACAUGACUUGCUAUAAGGAGGAAAUCUUUGGGCCCGUCCUAGUGGUGCUGGAAGCAGACACUUUGGAUGAUGCCAUCGAGAUGGUGAACAAUAACCCCUAUGGGAAUGGAACUGCAAUCUUCACCACCAACGGAGCCACAGCUCGGAAGUAUUCUCACUUAGUAGAUGUGGGGCAGGUGGGUGUCAACGUUCCAAUCCCAGUACCUCUGCCCAUGUUCUCUUUCACUGGCUCUCGUGCUUCUUUCAGAGGGGACACCAAUUUCUAUGGCAAACAGGGAGUGCAGUUCUAUACACAGCUGAAAACUAUCAUUUCUCAAUGGAAAGAGGAAGAUGCCACCAUUGCCAAGCCUGCUGUGGUUAUGCCAACUAUGGGAAACUAAACCAGCCUUUGCAGAUGCUGUUUCUGGUGCCCUUCUAUGCUGCACUUUUCAGCUUUGUCCUGACUAUCACUCUUUACUUGGGAAUGAAUAGAAACCUCCUUUGUCUCAAGGAUCUGUUACUGUGAGGGCUCAUGUGACUCAUGGUCUGGAUUUUCUGUUGCUGUCAGUGUUUU